AAUGACUGAAAUGAUGUUGACUCUAAAGUGUCAAGCAUGUUAGGUAAUAACUUAAAAUGUAGGUUAGCAUGCCAACUGAAGACAUCUCGACAUGCUAAUAUUAGCAUGUUAGUAUCCCGAUCAAAGCACCACUGACACUAACAGAGAACUUAGCCUCAGCUAUCUGAGAGGUUGUGACCUUUAUUCUGGAGCCACUCUCACAUUUUUUGUCCCACUAGUGAGCACCUGUUUCCUAAUAAGGCUCCCUGGGAAUCGAAGUGCAGCAGCUCAUCUUCACAAGACACAAACCAGGGAUUAUCUCAGUGGCCAACCUCUGACCUCAGCUAUGGCUGUCUGAGCUUUUGCUUGACAUGGAAACUCACAUAUCUCCAGGAUUGACUGGGAUCACGCUGAAGAAGAUGCCAUCUAUCAGAGAGACACUGCAGGAGAUGGGCGUUUCUGUGGAGCAGGUGUUGAGUGAGCUGGCCCAGAAGAGCACAGGCGACACCAACAACGGGACUGUUCCCACACCUCUAACCAACUACUUGGAUACACAGUACUUUGGUGAAAUCAGUAUCGGCUCUCCAGCCCAGAUGUUCAACGUGGUGUUUGACACAGGCUCAGCCAACCUGUGGGUGCCCUCGCAGAGCUGCUCUCCUUUCUCCACUGCCUGCUUCACUCACAACAGGUAUGAUGCCUCCCAAUCGCGGACGUACGUCGAGAACGGAACAGGGUUUUCCAUCCAGUACGCCUCUGGAAAUGUCAGGGGAUUUCUGAGCGAGGAUGUGGUCGUGGUUGGUGAUAUCCCUGUGGUUCAAGUGUUUGCUGAGGCCACCUCACUGUCUGCCAUGCCCUUCAUCUUUGCCAAGUUUGAUGGAGUCCUGGGGAUGGGCUACCCUAACGUGGCCAUCGAUGGCAUCACUCCGGUGUUUGACCGCAUCAUGUCCCAGCAUGUCCUCAAGGAGGAGGUGUUCUCUGUCUACUACAGCAGGGAUCCAAAACACUCCCCAGGUGGAGAGCUGGUGCUGGGCGGCACUGACCCAAACUACUACACCGGAAACUUCAAUUACAUGGACACCAGAGAGACGGGCAAAUGGGAAGUUACCAUGAAAGGCGUUUCUGUGGGGACGGAGAUGGUGUUUUGUGUGGAGGGCUGCACAGCUGUGAUAGACACCGGCUCCUCCUACAUCACAGGCCCGGCCUCCUCUGUGUCUUUGCUGAUGAAAACCAUUGGAGCACAGCUGGAUGAAAGUGGAUACAAAGUCAAUUGUGACACUGUGAAGACACUGCCCAGUAUCACUUUCCACCUGGGUGGCCAGGAGUAUUCACUCACUCAGGAGGAUUAUAUCUUAUGGCAAUCACAGAUGGAAGGGGAUGUCUGCACUGUCACCUUCAGGGGCUUGGAUGUGCCACCACCUACAGGUCCCAUCUGGAUUUUGGGAGCCAACUUCAUCGCCCGCUACUAUACAGAGUUUGACCGUCGCAAUAAUCGAAUAGGCUUUGCCACAGCAGUCUGACAGGAAGCUAAACGUCACGCUCUGUUUGUCUCCUUUUCUAUCUUUGCUGCUAUCUCCCCAUUUGUCCAGUCAUCCCUUCAGUUGCUUCUUAUGAUCACUCAUGACCAGAUAAAGUUUGUUUUAUAAAAAAGGAAGAGAAGAGUACACAUUUAAGAAUGUCAUCCUUCCAUUUCUUGCAUUUCUUCUUUCCUGUUAUAUAACAUUUUGUACUAGUUGCACUGAACACCUUCUGAGCUUUUUUUAUUUAUAAGAAUUUACCAGCAAAUGCAAAGUUUUUGUGUUUGUGUGUGACUCUGUUGAAUAAUCUCAUACAGCAACAGUGAAAAUCCAUAUCUGUAUUGUACUGACGUAACAAGA